CCCAGUAUGCAAGAGAACGCGUCCAGUGAGGCACCCACGGCAGGCCAUUCUCUUGUAACUGCCCUUCUUAGACCUUCAACGUUAGCUCACAAAGAAGAGCAUUCGACAUUGUUGCCAGAAUUGGACUCUCCUAGUCCAUCUCCCGUUCCCCUGUUAACUUCAACUGUACAUUACCAACAUUAUCCAGUAUCAGGUAUUACCGUCAGAACACAUAAUAUGUCUUUCAAUGAAACGUCUGUCACUCCUGGAGUUCCCAGCACCCCAAGAGCAAGAGUUGAACAUCCUUUUAAUGAGCCAGUGACGAUCGCCGUGGUUUUGGGGGUGAUCGCUGGUAUCGUUGGAACUAUUCUUCUCAUUUAUUACUUAAUCAGUCUAAUAACAAAGAAAAGCUCAGUUGACAUACACCCUCCCAAGGAUGAAGACACGGAUGUGCCACUAAGUUCUAUUGAACAGAGCGUUAUUCAAGAAGAGCAUGCCAGUGUCUGAAAGACCUCAGAGAGAACACAAGACUGCAGUCAAUGGAAAAAGUAGUAGAAAUCAGACAUAUCAGUACAUUGCGUACCUUCCUGAACCGUACAUUAUAAGAGAAAAUGUCACCAUUGUAAGCUUCAGUAAUUCACGAUGGGGGUAGGGGUGGGGUCAGGGGGAGCACCUCUGUUCAUUAGCAACUGAAGGUGAAGAACACAUUUCCUUGUAUGCUUGAUUUUGGGUUGGUGUAAAUUUUUGUAACUACUUGACUAGAAGUUUUGCUCCAAAAUUUCAACUGAGUUCAUGUGUUGUCCCUUAAGACUGACUUAUUCGAUUCUGUUACAUUUUGUUCACAAGGUUAUCAUUGACAGGCUUAAGCUAUUGCCCGGGAAAUCCAAGUUUCCUUAUCAUCCUAAUGACUGAAUCCAGUUUCAUUCUUUUAAAUAAGUAAAAGGCCAGCAAAUCCUACCCCUCUCCUUCCUUGCCAGACAGGCAACACACAGUUCCCUGUUAGUGGUGCAGGUGCUUUUCCCACACUAAGAAAGCUCACACUCAGAAAUGCCACACGCAAAUGCAUGAAAGGAUACACAUCCGUUAUUAGAUGUGUAAGACAGCACCAAAGUACCUCUUAUUUUAAAUAGCAAGUUGCAUUUGAAUUAUUCCAAGUAAUUGGUCUGACAGUGUUAGACUGACUCCUUCAGAGAGCACACAAAGGUCACAAAGAGAUGUUUCUGCAGCCAGAGAGCCCUGAGGAGGAAGAUGACGACAGACCCUUCUUCCUUCAGUGGAAAUCAGAAAGUAACUACAUCUGUCUGUGCAACUGUGAGCCAAUAAACUUCUCCAGUCCACCCAGUGAGAGCUUCCCUUGUUGAUAAAACUCCAGAAAACCAAAUAGAGGGCUUUCUAGAUGUGAGUGACUAAGGGACUGUGUGACUAUGUUUGACUCUGACAUUUCUUUAUAGCAAGGCUUAAAAUAAUGAAUGUUUUUAUAAAAGAGGACAUAAAUCCGGGAGGGGAUGGGAGGUCAGGUGGAUCUGGAGUGACAGAGGGGGAAUAAGAGAUGAGUAUGUCAAAAUAUAUUAUAUGAAAUUCUCAAAGAAUUAAUAAAAAUGUUGUUUUUAAAAUCAAUAUAAAAACAAGACCUAUGCCUAUCCAUUUCCAAGUUGAUAAGAUUUCAAAUGGCUUUACCCUUGCUUUAUGAUAACUAAAUAAAUAACUAUAUGUACAUAUUGGAGAUUGUUUUAUGUUUGUCACCUAUUUAAAAUAAAAAAUUGAGAUAAGAGAAUAUUUCUUUAUGUAUAUUUUAAGUAGAUUUAAGAGUAUUAUUACGUUUAUUUAAUUCAAUGAUGACCCAAGUGCCAAAGUAAUUUUAAAUAUACUUAUUUCGAAAAAUAUAAAAUGUUAGACUAAGAGAGGACCUGAGCUAACAUUGUCUCUAAAAUAAUUUACUGGUCAAAGACAGUAAGAGAUUAAAGUAAUGUUCUGUCUCAACCAGAGCGACAGAAUGCAGAGGGUAAUUAAAGUACAAAUUGCUUUAACCUUCUUGAACUAUGGGAUGUUUCUCUGUGUGUCUCAACUGGUUUCACAUUGAAAUUUAGUGUUUGUGUGAAGAAGUGACAUUUAUCCCCUUUGUAGUUUUUUUUUUUCAAAUAUUUAUUAUGGAUACAGUACUGUUUGCAUAUAUGCCUGCAGGCUAGAAGAGGACACCAGACCUUAUUACAGAUGGUUGUGAGCCACCAUGUGGUUGCUGGGAAUCGAACUCGGGUCCUUUGGAAGAGCACGCAAUGCUCUUAACCGCUGAGCCAUCUCUCCAGCCCCCCCUUUGUAGUUUUUAUAAUUAAACUGGAGGACAAAAACAAAAAGAACUCUUUCCUGUGAAGACAUCAGGACCCCAUGCAUGACCCUAACUGAAUUUCUUAAAAUUGGGGACUGAAGUGAGCAAGGGUGGUGAAGCUGGUUAGAUAACUUGUUAUCGGACGCUGGUUUUUUUUAUAGAGAUGGAAACAGAGGGUCCCAGUGAGGGAGAAGGAGACACAAUGUGACCAAGGAGUGUGAAGAGCCAGGAAGACUGUGGCAAACCAAGUGAUGUUCAUAUCCAGGGCUGCGCCCAUGGCCUUCUCAUGUGCUUUAGGAAUUUAUUCCGCCAAAUAGCUAUUCUCCCAAAGAAGUUCCUGAAAUCCAGUUGCUACUCAAAGAAAAAGAUAUAAAAAAAUUCCACCCCACAGCAUGAGUGUGCUGUGUCAAACGAGGAGUAGCAUGUCAUGUCCCCAGUUCUGCUCCCCUGGAAGUCAUGUUCUGGUGGCUGCAAAGUCACUUCCAGCUUCUAGAAUUAAACAUGUCUUCUGUUAGCAGUUUAAAAGUUUCAAGAAUGACAGCAAAAGGUAGAAUAUUCAGGGAAGGGCUUUAUCUCCAAAUGCACCUGUCAGCCCAAGGAUACCAGAUCAUUCUGGAGUGUUCUGGGUCAGAAGUCUCUGAAGGAUUCCAGGAGACUCACGUUCCCCCAAAGGAAAGGUAAGGUCAAAGACCCAGUGUUCCCACGUGUAGCACCCGCUCUGCUUCCUCACACACCGACCGGCUCUGUCUUGCCCACAGGUGGGCAUACUUUGCCUCUCUUGUCCUAAAGUGGAGGCCUAACAGGUCUCCCGUCCUCACAAGAGUCAGUGGCAGAUCUACUGUUUUUAGGAUAGUAUAAAUAUCAAAGCAAGUGUUACUCCAAAUUCUUCAGAGGCACACUCACAUAGUAAUCAGAUAAAUUACCUACAGAAAGGUUUAAGCUUAAAGGUAAAUCUAAAGUGCCUAGUAAAAUAAAGAUUUCACACGGCCGCUGUGUCCUAGACUUCAGAACACCAGAACCUGGAGGACUGAAUGCUACGGAUAAAAAGAACAAACAAUACUGCAAAAUACCUCACAUGACACUAUUUUUGUUGUUUUGAUGAUCAGUGCCACCCUUGUCCCAUAAGACUUCCCAGCACUGGAUCCCUACUCCAGGAAGGAAUUAAAACAUACGCGGUUUACGUUCCUUUUUCGAAGGAAACGUGAAGGUGGCUAAAUGGCUAGAACAGCAUUUUGGCAAAGGGAUGACUGUCUCUUUCUUCUGCUGUGACUUAAGCUUCUAUUCCUUGCCGGAUAAGGAGAGAACUGAGUGUCUGUAAUGAUUUAUCAGAGUUUGCAGCAUUAGAAACACUGAUUGCAAAGACAUUACCAUGCCUCAUCUUAGUUUGUAUCAGCCCCUGAGAGUCCUCCAAGUAUAAGGAUUCAACUUCAUGGCAGCUGGAUCACGGACAAGUCUAUGACACUGAGGGUUCUUGAGCCCAAGAGUGGCUUUAGGAUGGCGGUCAGGCUCUGGUGUGUCUAGCACACAUCUGGCCAAUACCCACACUGCUAUAACAACUUUAUCAGAAGAACUAGCAUCACAAAUGCAGGAUGGGAUGGGGGUGUUCUGAUAGACCACAGAGUUUUCUAGAGGCUCUACUUUAGAAACUAAGAGUAGAGAAGUCCUUCCUGUUACACCCAGAAAUGACUCUCAGCAUCUUCUCUAAAAUAUUCAGUGAUGAACAGCCCCCCCACCAUGGAAUGUUAAUUCCAAGUAAACUCAGUGAGUUUGCAAAUGGCCUCACAGUGUAAGAAACUUACAUGGUUAAAAUGUGCCCCACUUUCUUAGCUUCUCUUGACUCCUGAAGGCUUUCUGAUUCUCAUCCGCACCUCUGUUGAAAAUGGCCGUGGUUUGAAAUCACCUGACUCAUUCCUGGGUCAUCCUAAGGACAAUUCCAAUAGUCUAUGAACAGCACAGAGUAGCCUCACUAAAACACAACACAAUGGCAGCAGCUGACUCUCAGCGAGCCCUCUGCUGAGGACCUUGAGAAUAUAAUGCCACAAGCAGCGGCUCUGGCCACCCACACAGAAGAACUUCCUUUUCCGAGCAGGGGGUGAGUCUGAGCAGCUCCCUAGGCCCCCUGGAAGACCCUAGACAUCUGAAAAGAAACAUGCCUUUGAUUGUACCAUUUGUUUUUGAACCCCAGUCACCUGAAGGAGUUCUAACCUACCUGUCCCCACCCACAGUUUGUAUUGUUUCUGUGCCCAGCCCGGGCUUCUCCUAACGAAUUAUUUAAACAGCAAUUCUUGCUGUGGCUCACAGCUUGCUCCCAUCAUGCUUUGGUACCUUCUACUCCUUUCUUUCUUCUUCCUUUCUUUUUUUCUUCCUUACUUUGUGAUUGGUUUAAAUUGAAUUAAAUUAGACUAUAUUGAAUAGGGUUUAUAACCACACACCAGUUGGAAUUUAAUUUUUUUCUUGUUCCCUGUGGUUGUAUUAUCCUUCCUGAAUAGAUUCCAGAGGGAAAAGAGGAUGACUAGAGAUGGGAUCCACAGUUUGGGGAGUCCAAGCCUGCAUAGGAGACUGAGCCACUGGCAUUGAUACCCCGCUGGAGAAAGCUGCUGGUGCCAGCCUUCCUGCUGGGUUCCUGCAUGGUU